CGACUAUGUGGCUUUUACUUGGAAAGGCACCGGACGGAAGUGAAGUUUGUAACAGCAGACUUCAUUCCGGCGUAAGACGGAUGUGGAUGCGGAUGUUAUCAGCUGAGACUUCUAAAAGUUUUAAGACGCAUUACAGAUGGACAGGUGUGCACACACCGCAACAGAACACUGAAAAACAUAAACUUGUUUUUUGAAUGGCUGCAAUGGGAGGACAGGUGAUGUGUUCCAGGUGUGUCCACCAUCCCAUCUGGAUCCUCCUAUCAUGGUUGCUCCUUGUCAGCGUGCUGGGGGCCGUGUGUGCCGCCGGCAGCGACUACUACAACCUGCUGGGGGUCAACAGGGAGGCCACGACCAGGGAGAUCCGACAAGCCUUCAAGAAACUUGCCCUCACCAUGCACCCGGACAAGAACCCGGGUGACUCGUCGGCCCACGAGAAGUUCCUGCAGGUGAACCGGGCUUAUGAGGUUCUGAAGGAUGAGGACCUGCGCAAGAAAUACGACAAAUAUGGAGAGAAGGGAUUGGACGAGCAGCAAGGAGGACGCUACGAGAGCUGGAACUACUACCGCUACGACUUUGGCAUCUAUGAUGACGACCUGGAGAUCAUCACCUUGGACAGCGGCGACUUUGAGGCGGCUGUGAAUUCAGGAGAGAUCUGGUUCAUCAACUUUUAUUUCCCGCGGUGUUCACAUUGUCACGAGCUGGCGCCGACGUGGCGAGAGUUUGCCAAGGAGAUGGACGGCGUGGUCCGGAUCGGGGCGGUGAACUGCGGUGACAACAACCACCUGUGUCGCAGGAAAGGCAUCAGCAGCUACCCCAGCCUCUACAUUUUCACAGCAGGACAGAAACCAGUGAAGUUCAGUGGUGAACGUGUGAAAGACAAGCUGGUGACCUUCUGCAUGCAGUUCAUCCAGACCAGCGUCACACAGCUGCGGCAAGGCAACGUGUUCGGCGAGAUCGACAGUGCCUUCGCGUCAGGGCUGGGUUGGCUCAUCACCUUCUGCUCGGACACAGGAGAUUGUCUGGAGUCCAGGACCAGGCAGAAACUGGCCUCCAUGUUGGACGGCCUGGUGAAGGUGGGAUGGAUGGACUGCAGCAUACAACAACAACUCUGCCAGAGUUUCCAGGUAACCAGUGGAGCCACUGCGUUGUUCCCACCAGGAAGUGCCCUAAAUCAACAAGGAAGUGUCCUGUGGCUCCGCACUCUGGACAGCAGAGAGAUUUACACUCAGGUCAUCGAUCAUCUCCCAGACUUGCAGCUGCUCACCGCCGACACCUUCCAUAGCAAGCUGGCCCGUCACCGCUGGUUGGUCAGCUUCACGUUUGGACACAGGAACCCCAGCGAAUACAAGAAGCUCCAGGCCUUUUUCCACAAUGACCACAUACAGGUGGGCCGGGUGGACUGCAGUGCUGACGCGCAGCUGUGUCAGUCGCUCUACAUCCACAAAGCCUGCGUGGCCGUCUUCAAAGGCCUGGGAGUCCACGACUUUGAAAUACACCACGGCAAGGACGUGCUGUACAACAUUGUAGCUUUCGCUCGGGACAGCGUCCGCGCUCACGUAACCACCCUGAGGCCCGACAACUUCCCCUCGGACAGGAAGGAGGCCUGGCUGGUUGACUUCUUUGCACCGUGGUGUCCUCCAUGUCGAGCUUUACUCCCCGAGUUGAGGAAAGCCUCUAUUCAGCUGGCAGGACAGAUGAAGUUUGGUACUUUGGACUGUACCAUCCACCAGGACCUCUGCUCCACGUACAACAUACACGCUUAUCCCACCACUGUCAUCUUCAAUGGAUCAUCCGUUCAUGAAUAUGAAGGACAACACUCUGCUGACGGCAUUCUGGAGUUUAUACAGGACCUGAUCCAUCCAUCCGUGGUGGUUUUAGAUCCUCCUACCUUCUCUGACAAAGUUCAAGGUCGAGAAGAAGGGAAGAUCUGGGCGGUGGAUUUCUAUGCUCCGUGGUGUGGUCCAUGCCAGGCCCUGUUGCCUGAGUGGAGGCGCAUGGCGCGGAUGUUGGCAGGUCAGAUUCUGGUCGGCUCUGUGGACUGUCAGCGCUUUCAGUCCUUCUGCCAGAGUCAACACGUGCGAGCGUAUCCCGAAAUCCGCUUGUACUCGGGAAGUACCAGGAAACCAGGUGUCUACACCAGUUACAACGGCUGGCACAGAGACGCACACUCACUGAAAUCCUGGGCCCUCAGCGCGCUGCCCAAAGCGUCAGUGGAUCUGACUCCCGACUCCUUCAGGUCUCUGGUUGUGGCAGGUCACGACCACUGGGUUCUGGACUUUUACGCCCCCUGGUGUGGACCCUGCCAACACUUUGCCCCUGAGUUUGAGGUCCUGGCUCGGGUCCUGAAAGGGGAGGUUCGAGCUGGCAAGAUCGACUGCCAGGCUCACUAUCAGAUAUGUCAAUCGGCAGGCAUCACCGCCUACCCCACCGUGCGCUUCUACCCAUACCAGCAUGCCAAGAGGCACGCACAAAGCGGAGAACAUAUCAACAGUCGGGAGGCUAACGUGAUCGCAGACAUCAUCAGGCAGAGGCUACAGCAGUUGUCAUCGCGGUCACACAACAAAAAGAAGGAUGAACUCUGAGGGGGCGGAGCUAGCUGCCGAUGGGCGGAGCUAGUGCCACAGAUUGGCCCCUUCCAACACUCCCAAGACAGACGCAGCACUGACGACGCACUGGACUCUUGUCAUGGGCUACUUCCGCCUUGUUUUCCUUUAGAAUUGAUUUUAUUUGGUCUCUGUGGUUUGUAUUUACUCUGUGAGGUAAAACUGUGAGACACUACUGUUACUGACACACACACCAAACAGUUUAUAUUCUUGAAUGUACAAAAAUAAAACCAAAGUACUCCAAAA